GCCAGACCCGGCUCGGCCCGCCGGAAGUGACGCGCUCUCAGGGGCGACGUGCUUCCGGUCUCGAAUGCCGCCACCGCCCCUGGGGGAGACGGGCUUCUCUGGCAUGCUAACUCCGCUGCUCUGGAGGAUUCCUGCGUGAUUAAGGUACCUCUGAUGAAACCAUGACCAGGUGGGCACGAGUUACUACCACAAAUAACAAAAGACCUUUGCGUGCAACAUCAUGGGAGGACAUGAAGAAGGGGGCCUUUGAGGGAAAAAGCCAAAAUCUACCAAAGAGUAAACAACUUGAAGGCCAUAGACUGUCCCUUAAAAGUGAUGCGCCCCAAGCAAAACACAAAAAGAACAAAAAGAAGAAGGAGUACUUAAAUGAAGAUGUGAAUGGCUUCAUGGAAUACCUAAGGCAAAACUCACAGAUGGUUCACAAUGGGGAGGUGAUAGCAGCAGACAGUCAGGAAGUAAGGGAAGAAAUUGCAGUUGCUUUAAAGAAAGACAAUCGUCGGGAAGGAAGACGAUUAAAAAGGCAAGCAGCAAAGAAAAAUGCAAUGGUGUGUUUCCAUUGUCGAAAGCCUGGCCAUGGGGUUGCAGAUUGCCCAGCUGCCCUUGAGAAUCACGAUAUGGGCACUGGAAUAUGUUAUCGGUGUGGAUCCACAGAGCACGAAAUAACCAAGUGCAAGGCAAAAGUAGACCCAGCUCUUGGUGAAUUUCCUUUUGCAAAAUGUUUUGUUUGUGGGGAAAUGGGACACCUGUCCAGAUCUUGUCCUGAUAAUCCCAAAGGACUCUAUGCCGAUGGUGGUUGCUGCAGACUCUGUGGCUCUGUGGCACAUUUUCAGAAAGAUUGCCCUGAAAGUCAGAAUUCAGAUCGAACGGUCACAGUUGGUCGCUGGGCAAAAGGAAUGAGUGCAGACCAUGAAGAAAUUUUGGAUGUGCCUAAACCACAGAAACCCAAAACAAAGAUACCUAAAGUUGUUCAUUUCUGAUAAUGAUUAGUGCUAUUGUUAGUUUCCGCCUCAUUGUUAAGCAUUCUGAACUGGGACUUCUUCACAAGUUGGAGCUGGGCUCUCCCGUGGAGGCCCACAGUGUAGAUAUCAGUGUGAUCUGGGGCUUGUCACACAGUUUCCUGAUUCUUUCCAUUGAGGAGUGCUUUUACCACUGUUAGGAGAAAAUCGUGGAAGAAAAGUAUAAGAUGUUUAAACUGGAUUCUCUAAAAGAACAUAUUUUUAACAGAGAGAACUUAGGUAUAACUAAGUGGUUAUAUACCUGAUUGUAACAAUCAUCUUUUUCAUAAAAACAAAAUGAUGCAUUAAUGUGAACCACCCCUAAACAAAGGGUAACUGCUUCGCAUUUAGAAAUGAAUUUUGGGUUAUAUUGUUUUCUUGGUUCAAAGUAUCAAUUUAUUAUUUUAGAAAUUUAUUUAUAAACUACCACAGAAUCUGCUGUACUUUAAAAAUAUUUAAUAAAAAAUUUGGUAUUUACUUAUUUUUUGGAAUACCUAAUUCUGGAUUGAACUAGCCCUUGUCCAUUAAUGUCCAUUAACAAUCCCUUUGGAAACACGAUCUUUUUUCAAUCCUAGAUGAGGUUAAUUUUGCUUAAUUUUUGUUUUAGUUUUGACAUAAAGAAUUACAAAUUAUUGAGGGUAAAAUAGUACCUCAGCUUAGCAGCUCGCUCUUUGCCCUUGAUUUUCAAGCGAGAAAUUCUAGCCAAAAUUCAGUUUAGGUUAUUUAACCAGAAUGAUGGUUCAUAACAGAUUGUAGAUCAAACUGAAUAGCAUUUUGUUCACAUGUCUUAGAUGAGUCAGGGUGAGAGGCAAGUAUCACCCUAAUAGAGUUAGAACACUAAUCAGAGACCCAUUAGCUUCUUUGUUUGAUUUGAUGAAUACAUGCAUGCCUAAUACAUACAUUUCACAGGGCUUAAGGCUCCCAUUGUACUGUAUAACAGAGUGACUGGUGAUUGUGUGUUUCAUUUGGAAUUUUACCUGAUUGGAUACAUUUGUAACUAAAGGAAGCAGCUGUGAUUAGUUACUGAUGUUUCAAAAGCAAAAUAUUUACCAAAUAAGAAACACUGUUCUCUGUUUUAAUGUCUGUGUAACUCAACAGUUCUAAUCUUAAUAGAAGCUCUUUUAUUUUCAGUGAGAGAGAAAAACAUGACAGAAUCCUGCUCAGCAUCCCAGGGCUUAAGGAAGUGAGUGUCAUUUAAAAGGAAUUGCACAAGUCAUGCAGCUGGAAAAAGACAGCAGUGCUGCCUUAGUCAUUUAGUUCAAACACACCCAGAUUUCUCUCAGCUGUCCUCAGGAGCAGAAGGCUCUGCAGACGCGAAGACCUGUCGGCUGCAAGUUAAGUCUAGUGGUUUUUUAUGUCCUUGAUGCAGGGAUGUUAGUGUCCAUUUUGUCUUCCUUGGGUUACUUUGUUUACCUUUUAAUGAUCUAUAAAUUAGUGAAAUCAUGAGAAAUAAAUUGCAGGUGCUGAAUGUAACAUUAGAAAAGUGUAUGGACACUUUGUCAAAGGAGUUCAUGAGAGACAGAAGUUCUGACAUCCUGAGAGAUUAUGUGUUGCUUGAAAGGAACAAUAGGUGUGGUUAUUUCUUAGUGUGAAUGGCAAAAGGCGGCGGCAAACCUUUGAUUUCUCCAUUCAUUAUCUAUUUCCCAAGUACCUGGCUAUGUUCCCGGUACUCUUGAGCACUUGAGAUUGUGGCAGUGAAUGAGACAAACAGGGCCAUGUGCAUUCUGAUGGGACUGAAGAAUGGACAGGAGAUUUAGGAAGGAAAUAUAUUUAAAAAAUGAGUAUAUCAGAAAAAUAAUUACAGAAAGGGAUAUUUUAUUACAUUUUUAAAGUAUUUGGUUGAAUCUCCUAAAACUUAGUCCUUAGCACUCUUUUCCUCCUUCAGUCCUUUGGACGUUCAUCUCUUCUUAUCUUACAAGCUUACUUUCACUUUUCUGUGGCCGACUCCUACAUCUACAGCUAGCCCUACUGUCCCCGGCCUCGGUCCCAUCUUCUCACCUGCCUGCUGGACGUUCCUACUUGGAUGUUCCACUGACACCUUAAACUCAUAAUAGCUUUAAACAAUCUCAUCACUUCUCUUGAAAGAAAAAAAAAGGACUAAUUUCCUUUCUUCUUGUCUCCACUUGUUUCACUACAAUUAUAUUCCAAGCCUAUUGGCUUGAAUCUCAGGUUGCUCUUUUCUUGACAGUCUCCCCUCGAGGCCCCCAGAGUCCACGUUCUCUUGCUUCCUUCAGCUUAUGGAGAGUCUUUCUACAACCGGUCUUAGAGGGAUGAGCAGCUCCUUCCUCAUCCCAAUAAUUUUUGGUUCUCUUACUCUCUCACUUUUCUCCAUAAUUUAUAUCCCCACCUAAUACUAUUUAUUUGUCCUCUCUCCACCAGAUUAUAGGUUAGAUGAGGGCAGGAAUUUUGACUCUUGCUCAUUACUAUAUCCCCAGAAGAGCUCAGCACAUAUGAAGCAUUCAAAUUUGUUGAGUGAAUGAGUGAAUUAAAUGAACAAGUGGUAUAAAGGGAAUUAACAGAGAGAUGAUGCAAGUGACCAGAGAGCUACUUUAGACUGGAUGGGGAAGGCCUCGGAGGGGAAGAUGUUUAAGCUGAAAUCUGAAUGGCAAGAAGGAAUGAGUUAUGAAGAUAAUGGGGAAGAGCAUUUAGGGAGAGGGUAUAGUGAGUCAAAGCCCUUACAGAGGGAAUGGGCUUGCCGUAUUUGAGGGGCUGAAAGGAGAUGUGAUCUUUGGUGACUGGCUUCCUUCACUUAGCAUAAUGUUUUCAAGGUUCAUCCAUAAUAUUCCAUCAUGUAGGUACACAGGGAGUAAGUAAGCCUUGGGUACUUUGACGUGAGGUAAUAGGUAAAUGCAGUUAUGCUGAGGAGGAGCAGGCCUGGUGAAGUUGAAAAACAGCAGAGGCCAAUAUGUUUGGAAAAGAGUGAGGGAAUAACUUGUAGAAGAGCAGACAGUUAACAGGUCACAUGGGCUCUACCAGUUAGGUUCUGCUGCAUGACAAUCACAGAGUCUCAGAAACAUACAAUAAUAAGCAUUUCUUUAGCUCAGGCCUGCCUGUGAGUCAGAUCUAGGCUGGGCUUACCUGGACAGCUCUGCUAAUCUCAGCUGGGCCUGCUCCCAUCUGUAUGAAGUUUGGUCUGGGGUCAGCUGAUCUAAGCUGGGCUCAGAUGAAGCAGCUCUGUUCCACAUGUCUCUCUUCCUUUUCCUGGGACCGGCAGGCUAGCCCCGUCAUGAUUUGCUCAUGACGGUGGCAGGGGUGUAAGAGGAUAAGUGUAUAGGCAAGGUAGACUAGGGCACUCCCUUCUUGGAGGUGUGGAUGGUGGUGAGGGAGUGAGUAUUUCUGAAAAAUAAUCCAGUGUACCACACAAACCCUUAUAGACCAUUAUGAGGCUUUGUCUUUUACUCUGAUAUGCAAAAUUUUUCAUGGGUUUGAGGAGAAAUGUGACAUGAUCUGUUUGCUGGAUUGAGAGUAAAGUGAAGGGAGAAGCAAGAAUAGAAACGGAAGGGUUAUAAGCCAGAUGGUGUUUCAGAUUAAGGUGGUAGUGGUGGAAUUGAUUAGAAGGGGUCAGGUUCUGAUUAUAUUUUUAACACAGAGCAGAUAAGAUUUCCAAAAGGAAGGAGGAUUUAUGGAAGGAAAGGUGGCAGAAUUAAGGGGACUAUUUUGGAAAUGUUAGAUUUGAGAUGGCUAUUAUCUUAGUGGAAAUGUCAAGUGAGUAGUUAGAUCUACAGUGUGGAGUUCAGGAGGGGUUAGGGCUAGAGACAGAUUUGGGAGUUACUGGCAAGUAGAUGGCUUUUAAAACCCAGAGAUUGGGUGGACUCGGUGAGGAAUGGAGAUAGAGGAGAAGAGGCCAAGCACAGAGCCCUAGGUAGUCUCAUAUUUAGAGGUCUGCUGGACGAGAAAGAACCACAAGAGGAGGCUUUAAAAGUGUGAUUGGUGAAGUAGGAGGAAAUCCAAGAGUGUGACAUCAUGGAAGCCAAGAGGAGAAAAUGUGGCAAAAACAAGGAACUAGUCAACUUUGUGGAAGGCUGUUCAAAGGCUAAAUAAAUCAAGAACAGGGCCAUUAGUUUUGGUAAUAUGGAAGACAUAGCUGAGCCUGAUCAGAGAGGUCUUGGUGAGGAGAAGUAGAGGUAGAAGUAUGAUUAGGUGCAUGAAGACCACAUUUAUGGAUAAUUGGAAUAAAGAUGGGGCGGGAAUUAGGAAAUGGCAUCAGGUGAAGUGUUUUGCUUUGUUUUGUUUUAAAAUAAGAUAAUAGUGGCUAUGGAAAUAAUCCACUGGAGGUAAAGAAACUUCUGAAUCAGAGAAAAAAGAGAACUAAAGGAAGGAAGCCUUGGAGAACAUUAGAGAAAUUAUUCUUUGUUGGGGGUAGAGAUAUUUCAUCCUUUAUACUAGGAGGGUACAGCAGAGAUGUGGAAGGCACAUAGAUGGAAAUAUGAGAGGACUCCUGCCUAAUGGUUUAUAUUUUCCUCAAUGAAGUAUUUUCCAAAGUUGGUGAACUGAGGGAUGUUAGGAGACAUGAGAAGUUUGAAGGAAGAGGAGGCAGCGUGAAAUAGCAAACAUACAGGGGAAUGUGGUAGGAUCAUCAGUCCUGAACGUCCUUAUGAAAUUUGCAGUCAUAAAUUUCAAGUGAGUUCAGUCCACAAUUUUCAGGUGCUCAGUGCAGGAGUGAGAUAUUAUGAAUACUUUAAUUUAAUCAUGUGGUAUUGCCAGACAAGUUGAAUGAAAGGAGAGAGGUACAGGUCUACUAUAAUGAUGGACAGUGGAAUCUAAGCCAGGUAAGGAAAGAAGGGAGGACACAGAGAGCGGGGCAUAAGCUGUGAAAAUGAUAGAAAUAUUAUUUUCUAAUCUAUUUUUAAAUGUCCCUAAAAAUGUCACAAAAUGAGGACAUGAAAGAUGGCAUCAGAUGUGUAAUUUUUAUAUGGUAUUUCAUACUUGCCAGUGUAAAAUAAGAAAGGCAUUUGGAAUUUGAUAUUUCUCUGACUUUUGAAUCUGGAGAUGGGUUAAUGUCAAGAAGUGUGAAGGGUCUGAGAACCUUAAUAAACUAGCCUGUUACUGUUGCGUGGAUGUUGGCAGAACACACGAGACUCCUGGUUCAGAGACAACUGUGUUACUCAUGGCACAGCAAGCAGUGUGAUAUCAACAUAUUUGUGUUGCUUCCCUUUUUCCGUAAAUCCUACGAGUGACAUGAUGGGCCUAAAUGGAUGCUGUAAACAAAGUGGGUUUGUGUCACAGCUGAGGAACCCAGGGCCCAGCACUCUUCGAGCAAGUUGCUAACACUGUAGCAAGCAGCAAACAAGUUAGGCCCCUCUGCCCAGAGAAUGAGCAGUUACACUGAAGUCAUUCUGUGAUCACCUUGACCUUCUUAGUUGCCUAGAGCACUAGCUACAGAUAUUGCUCAGAAUCAGGAGCUGGAUGAGUCUUGUAGUCUGGCACACUCAGUAAGAAUGUGCAAGACCAUUCAGGGCCCAUGGUGAACUGCCUGUCCUAAUAGUUACAUUACCUUCAAAUGGGUGGAGCAAAUCAUGAACAAACUUAAUAGUUUUAAUUUUAAUAAUUUAAUCUAAACCAUAAAACUUAUUCCUUAACAUAUACAUUUUCAACAUGUAUUUUCAAGACUGCUCCUAUAAAUAUACCAAUAAAAAUUUCCAAGGUUAUCUCUGAAAUGUGCAAUAUGAAAUAUGAACAAAGCUAUAUGAUAGUACAUAUAAAAAUACUCUGGUUUCUUUUGAUUUUUGUUAAAAUUGUUCAUCACUUCCUAAAGAUGUUUGAGUAUAAGGAUAAGCUAUAUUCCAAACUAUAUAGAUCAAUUUUCACCUUUUUUCCAUAGAUUUCUUUUUUAAAAAAGAUAAUAGAAACAUUGAAUACAGAUCAGAAGCUCAGUUGCAUUAAAACCAGGAAGAAUUAAUAGAGACAAGCCUCCUUUCUUAAUCAAAAAGCUCUCAGUCCUGUUAGAAGCACUUGAAAACUCUCAGCAUCAAGAAAGGCAUGUCUUGAGUGUUCUUUAAGGAUACUUUAACACUCCUAAGGAAAAAUUAAGCAUGACUGCAUUUUUACGUUUCCUCUGUCCUACGUCUCCAGGGAGUUUAGGGUGACAGCUGAUGACCCAGCUUAACUGCUUACCCUUGGAGCAGCUUGCUUAAAGCCUGGCACCAAAGAGAGCAAGGGGAAGCUGUCUUUAAGUCAGUUCUCUUUACUUACCUCUCACUCUAUUCCAGCCUCUCCAGCGUCUCUGCUUUUCCUAGAAGGUGCUAGAAACAUUCUCAUCUCAGAGGCUUUGCCUGGGCUAGUCCUCCUGCAGGAAGCAUGCUAUGUCCAGAGAUCUUCGUAGUUCAAUCCCUCUCUGCCUUCAGAUUUUUGCUCACAUGUCCCUCAGUGAAGCCUACCCUGCUUGACUUUUCCACAUAACACUUAUCUGCUAAAUGUUCUAUAUUAUUUAUUUAUGAUGCUAUCAGUGUGCUUCUGUUCCUUCCUGAACCCACAGUGCCCAGAAGUGUUUAAGGUAAAGUAGGCUCUUAAUAAAUAUUUAUUGAAUGAAUGAAAGAGCAAUCAGACAUACUUCCAUUAAAGAAGGAACUGUAAACCUAAGGGCUGUUGUUGAAUUUACAACAGGAAUGCCUUAGUCCAUUGUGGCAUGGUUCCAAGCAGUAGAUUUUAAACUUUUUGAGAUGCCCUAAUGCAUUGCUGCUUUUUCCAAUGUCACACCCUUUAAAAGUCUCUUUAGUCCAGUAGUCCAAAAGUGAGCACUUCAACCUAGGCCAUGCUGACUGAUCCAAGGAACAGCCAGACAGGUGAGCCCUGUGUCUCUGUUCAGAAGCAUUUCUUUGAGAAAGGGUAGAAGGGACUGUUUGGUACAAAGAUAGAUGAAAAUGGGAAAACCUAAGGACCUGCCUGCAUUAUAAGACUGGGACAAACUCAAUAGACCAGCACCAUGUAAAGAAUCUUCUGUGAUGAGGGAAAUGUUCUAUAUCUACACUGUCCAAUAUGGUAGCCACUUAACCACAUGUACCUAAUAAUACUUAAAUUGGGGCCAGUGUGGCUGAAGAACUGAUUUUUAAAUUUUAAUUAAUUUAAAUGGCCACAUGUGGCUAGUGGCUACCAUACUGGAGAGUGCUGGUACAGAUUAUGCCUGUGUUAUAAAGUAGAGUGGGCAACAUCUUUAUGUCUAAAAGUGAUCCAGCCAAAGUUACUCUGUUUCAUCAACUUCCCAAUGUUUCUGUUACUGUUCAGGAAAAAGUUUCAAAAAAAUAUAAAUUCAGGGCAAAACAUAGGACAGACAGUAGUUGGCAGUGCCUCAAAUGUAGGAGAGGUCUGAAAUUAUAGCAUACAAAAUUUUAGUGUAAUGUAAUCCCUUAACUGCUCAUUUAUUUCCCUUUUUUAAAAUCUAAAAAUAUUCUUAAACGUCUUUCUUUCUACUUCCGAAAUGUAAUGUGUAAUCAUCAUUUUAAUCUACAUAUCCAAUCUUCUUAUUGUAUAUAAAUGUUAAUUCAUAAAAUUGGAGCACAGUCCAAAGUUCAUAUAAAUGAAGACUUGCUGACACAGAAUAAUAAAAAUAAUUGCAACCAGACCUAGACUGGGUGGGUGGAUGGGGAGGUGGCAUAAGCAGGGGGAGCAGAGAUAACAGCAGGAUGCAUCCAACCCCUCUGCUCUCCACUCUAACGGAGAAGUCCUCCGACUUUUAGAUGUCGUCCUGUAGAGGAGGCUAACUUGACAUAUGUUGGUUUGUCUUAGGAGAUUAGACAAAUCACUGACAGAGUAGAAUAAUAAAUGUUGAAGUCUAGGGAAUAGAAAGUGCUAAUGUAAUAGUUAUGAAAGAAGAGCUCAGUUAAUAUUCUCUUUCUCUGCAAUAUCACAUUUUGCAGGUACUUUGUAUGUGUAUAUAGGGCAAUAGAUACUAAAUUGGUCAGCCACCUUGACUAUAUGUUAAAUGACACUAAUAAAGUAG